AUGCGGGGCUGGAGGAGAGAGAAGGAGGAGAAAGAUGAACAGAAGAAGGAUGAGGAGGAGAAGGCUGUGGUGGAGGGGACAGCAGAGAGACAAUCUCCUUCCACGUUCAGUUGCACAGAGAUUGAUGAUGUGCUUGAGAGGUACUACCUUUCACCAUUUUAUGGCAUCGAGUUCUGCAUUGGGUUCCCUGGCAACCUUUUGGUUGUACUUGGUUACAUAUUUUGUUUGCCAGAGUGGCAGAGCUGCAAUAUUUAUCUAUUCAACCUGGCAGUCUCAGACCUUAUUUUCCUCUGCACACUGCCACGCCUCUCGUACCUCUAUGCAAAUGACCAAUCGGAGACCAGUCCCUUUGCUUGUAUUACCAACCGCUAUGUUCUGCAUGUCAAUCUUUACUCCUCCAUACUGUUUAUGGUUUGGCUAAGCAUGGACCGCUUCCUGCUCAUAAGACAUCCAACACGGAACCACUAUCUGCUGAAGCCACAGACAGCCCUGAUUGUGUCAGGGCUAAGCUGGGUAGCUGUCAAUGUGGAAGUUGCUCCAAUGAUAUCACUAAUGGUGAAUGACCUUCAGAGCAGAAACUGGAGUCACUGUAAGGAUUUUGCCAGUCUGGAAGGAGACAUCAAUGUAUUUGGCUACAGCCUGGGACUAACUCUGACCGGUUACCUUCUCCCUCUGCUUGGACUUUGUGGUUUCUAUUACCAAAUUGCACAUUUGCUUCGUGUCCAGGAAAGGGCUGUGCAGCGUAGAACAACAUCGUACAAGCAGCCUCUCAGGGUAGCUGCCUCGGCUGCAGUCAUGUUUCUGGUAAUAUACACACCCUACCAUGUGCUGAGAAAUGUCAGGAUAGCAUCGCGGCAGCCGUGGGCGGGGCUGCAGCAGUGUACGAGGAUGUAUAUAGAGGGCCUGUACAUCAUCACGCGACCAUUGGCUUUCUUGCACAGUGUAAUCAACCCUGCCUUCUACUUCCUCAUGGGCGACAAGUUCAGAGAGCUCCUACUUGCUAAGAUUAGAAAGGUUGUCAGAAAGACAGAGCGGCAAAGAGGAUCAGCCUAAAAAAAUUCAACACAAGGCCCCUGAAAAUGUGAUACACAUGAACAUAGUACAUUCCAACAUGUUAA